GAAACUAGAAACGAGACAGCUUCCGGUUUGUUUAGUACUAUUUUGACAUGGGAAAAGGUCCUGUUGUUAGUGAUUAACAUUUUUUGAGGAACUACUAAACCAAGGCAGUAUGAGGCGAGUCGGAUACUGGCUGAGUGAAAAGAAGAAGAAGAGACUCAAUUUUGAGGACCAAAUACCAACCUUUAGAGAUGCAGGGAUAGAGCUUGUUAAACUGAACAUAGAUAAGAGCCUGGAGCUCCAGGGGCCGUUUGAUCUGAUCCUCCACAAGUGUACGCUGUUUAUGGUCGACGCUGAGGAUGGUGACGAACAGUCGUUGGACGCCAUCAACAAUAUCAAGGAGUAUAUAUCUAGUCAUCCAGACUGUAUUCUUGUGGAUUCUUUUGAGUCCAUCGAAAAACUGAUCGACAGACAUGAACAAUACAAGCUUUUACUUCAAUGCAAUCUCCUUAAGUCAGAAUCUGUUGUGUACACGCCCACUUUUGUUGAGUUGUCAACUAAAGACAGAGAAACCAAUAAACAGAGGCUGCAUGAGGCUGAGGUCAAGUAUCCUUUUGUGUGCAAGCCUAUUGUGGCACAUGGCUCCUCUGCGUCACACAAGAUGGCGAUCAUCUUCAAUGAGCAGGGACUGGAUGAUAUCCAGCCCCCCUGUGUAGCCCAGACCUUUCAUAACCACAAUGCAGUCUUAUACAAAGUGUUUGUUAUUGGGGAGAAACAUCACAUCGUGGAGAGACCCUCAAUCAAAAACUUUGCUGCCAUGGACCGAUCAACCAUUUACUUUGAUUCAAAUGAUGUGUCAAAGCCAAACUGUGCAAAUUUUUUGACAGAGCUUGAUAAAGAGGACUUGUUACGGACCCCUAUCACUCCCGAUGACGAGAUUUUGGGAGAUCUUGCGAAUGCAGUAAGACGGGAACUGAAGAUGGAGCUGUUUGGGAUCGACGUCAUCAUUGAUUGUGAUACCAAGAAAUACGCUGUGAUAGACAUAAACGCAUUUCCAGGUUAUGAAGGUGUUGAAAACUUUAUGGAGAUUCUGUGUGACUUACUAAAUUCUUUGAUGGAUAAGAAUGAUAAAGUGAAAACUGAGAAUGAGCGACUGAGUAGGAAGCGAUCCGAGAGCUCGGAAGCAGGGGACAUUAAGAAACCGAAGUUAAGCAACGGAAACUCAGGGCUCCAACCUGCAGUGUGUUUUGAAAGAAACCCUGACACUCAUGAAGGUGAUAUGUUGUUACCAUGGAAACAACCAAUCAAUGGUCUUUUAGAACACUAAAAAUGGCCAUCAUGCAACUGAGGGAACAAUUUCAACACCUUUUAUUUUAUACAAAGAUUUUUUUUUUAUAUAUGGGGUGUUCUUGAAAGUAUACAUGAAAAUUCAUAGUUUUAUCCAUCCAAACAACUUUCUAAUAUGCAGUGUUAUUGCACCCCAAGUAGUAUUUCAAUACUGAUUGCAUUGAUUUAAUAGCAAUAACUGAAAUUAGUAAUAAAAAUUCCUGGUGGCUUCCAAUAGAAAGAUAAGCGUGACAAAUCAGCAUCAGUAGUCAAAAUUUACUAAACCUUUUAAACUACAGCAUUUAGGAUCUAAAACCUGGCCAAAUUGAUUGUGGUAUUAGAAUAAUUAAACUUUGGUUACCGUAGCUGUUCCAUAAUGUGGACAAACUUUGUGCAAUGAUUCUUCAAAAAAAUAAGUCAGACUGGCAUUUACCUGUAUUAAUGGUUUGUGAAUAUAGUCAAAUAUUUAUCAAUGAUUCUUCAACAUAUAAGAGUGUACAAUGUAUGUAUAGACAAGAUUUGAUUGAUGUUUAACAAAUACCAUUAAUCAAAUGAUAUAUUGUAAUCUAUUCUUGUCUAGUUCAUUAGAUUUCAUCUUGUAUAUUUCUCCAGAUUCUCAUUCUGUCAUGCAGUGUGUGGUGAUACAUACCAUUUAACUUAUAAAUUAAGUCAGACACAUCCAUGACAAUGCAGGAAGUUUGAAAUAUGAAUAUUAACCUUUUUGUACUGGCUGUGGAAAGGUAGGAAGUGUUCAAAUCCUCUUGAUGUGUAAAACCAAGCAAUGUUCAAAAUGAAAUACUUGUGUAAGUUUUGAUGAACUUACAGGAUCAGAGUCAUUAGUCAGGGCAUUCUCUAUGUAAACAUACAUAUUUAUGAUUAUUUAUGGCUUGAUUAAACUUGUGAGUUUGAAUCAGAUGAUUGGAAACCUGUUACUAAUUUUAACAGUAAGAAUAUAUAAUAGGUACAAGACUCAGGCAUUUUUUUGUGAAUUAACUGUGUUACAGAGUAACUGAGAACAACUUGAUAAGUGUAAUGCAGGUAUACACAAAAACUGUAAUAAUAAACAUGUGCAUAUCCAGACAUUUUUUUCCAGGGGUGAUCCAAAAGGGGGGAGGAGGGUCCAAGGGCUAUUUUCUGUGGGUGGCCUGAGAAGGGGGGUCUUCCCCCCCCCCCCCCCCCCAGGACCCCUCUCUCCCCCCCAGGACCCCUCUCUAGAUGAAUAAGUAAGUGUGAUGCAGGUAACGGUAAAUACAUUAAACACAAUAAUAAUUAAGAGGAAGAGAUGAAACACUAGUAAUCUGUACCUCUAACAGAACUAUUGCACCAGAGUGGUCUUCGUAGAAAUGCUGAAUCGUUGAGCACAUUAUUUUUUACUUUUUAUGAGUGAGAGUGAUGAUUGAGGUCAGAAUUAUUAUCAGCCUUGGUUUGGGUUUUUUUGAUUGUUUGAAGAACUUUGUUUUGGUUUCUGAUUUUGAUAUUUAUAUUGGACUGAUGCAGUUAAAUGGUAUACAUUGUCACUUUUCUUACUAAUUGUUAUAAGAUUUCUAAUGAUCGACAAUUCAUUCAUCAAAGGUUUAAAAUAAGGUAUUAUUUCUAUAAGUCUUUUACGUUCUUGAAAAAUAUUUUGUACUUGGUAUUUUUUCUGAUGAAUGUCUAGCUUUUUUUUUCAGAAAAAGAAUUAUUUAUUGACAUAAGAUGCAAAGAAUUCAACUAAAUGUUAAUGACUUACAAUAAUUUAAGGUAGGCAAAGAAAUUUUUGACAAUGUUUUUAUUAAUCUUUUGUAAUCUUUUAAUUCAAGGAUUUAUACUAGAUGUUUAAAAUGCUAGAUAGAGAUUAUUGCCAUUGAAGACAUAAUUCAGAUCAAUUUUCAGUAAGUAAACAAAAUCACUGAAUACAUAACUAGUAUUCUUUUCAAUGAAAACUAAGGGCUUAAUAACACUGCUUGCAACUCUCUGCUCAAGACGUAAGACUGCUUGGUUCUAUUCUUAUACUGGUCACGGAUAUAAGUCCUCUGGUCUUGUUUUUUGUUAGAGUUUUUUUUAUUAAGGAUAUUUUUAGAUUUGAUAUUUUAACACUUAUUGAGAUCAUGUGAUGUCCACGUGAUGCGGUGUUGAUCGGACCACGCCUUUGGGUUUGAUUGGGCUGUGUUAGUAUUAUUUCUGUUGUAUGUUUUACACACAUUUGUUAUGCAGCUUUUCUUGGAAAUAUAUAUUAUACAUGUAUAUAUUAUAGCUGAUCUGUUAAUAAAUUUUAUAUUAGACAA